GAGGCCUGAAGCAAGGACGUCGGACCUGAGAACCAUGACACGAGGAGUGACAUGAAUCGGUCACAAGAUAUCCACCAGUGCCUCAAAUGCCGCUUAUCGCCAUUUUGAUAUUGUGUCGGCCGUGGGCGAUUUUUGUCAUGGUCAAGGAUGCAAGCUGUCGCGGCCACCCUAGUGUGCCCUAGUAGGCCCUAGUGUGCCUCGGCGGAUGCGGUGGCGACGUGACAGUGAGGUUCGUUCUUUCACCCUGAACAAACUCCAAGUUGACAUCAACGUUGAUAUUCAAAUAGUAAACCAGUUCAAUACAAACCGAACUUCAACGAACCAGUUGUGAUCAAUUCAAAGCACUAAACCGAUCGCGCGGUUUGCAAAUCGAGCAAGCAAUAUGAAAUGCUAUAAGAUGUCCCCACAUUUCUCCUAAGCGGCUGAGAGGAUAUGGAUUCCUCGUCUCCAGUGCUGCUGGAUCCCUCUUGCAGGGUCUCUGACGAGGAUUUGGAUCCAAAACCUCAAGGAAGUUAUUGCUCAUCUCAGACAGCUACAUGGAAGGUGGAACGCCCAUUGGGCGACAGCGAAUUAUCUUACUUUCUUCCGUCUCGCGCAACUGGCGUUAAUGACAUGUACCUUCACUUGGGCUUCGUUGCUCCAGAACACGUCGUUCGUCGGGCCCGAGUUCGCAUGGUGUGGGCAAUCCUUCGUAUUCGGCAUCCACUCUUGGCUUCGAAGGUCGUCAUGCACGAUUACGACGACGUCAGAUUUGUGUUUACCCCUCCACAAUCUGUGGAAGAUGCUUUGGUUGAUGCGGACCGCAAUCUGGAAUACAGAACUUCGACCAAGGAUGAACUCAUCGAUUCGUAUCUGAAUGGAGACCGAACGCUGUCGAACGACCGUGUGUCCUAUCUUGUCGUGUCUCAAGGAGGCACAUCUUUACCUAGCCCCCCUCUAACGCCCCGCUCUACGUCAUCGUUUGACGAGCGCGAAUCUCCUUCAUACAAUCAUGACCUCAUGAUUUGUGCUGGUCACUUUUUGGGAGAUGGUAUGGCACUGCAUCAAUUUGCAAACGACCUUUUUGGGUUGCUCGGCAGUGACAAAACCAUUUCUGACCUUGAAGCUCAGCUGAAGGAAGAGCUCAGCUCUCGUUGGGGCACAGACUCUACCAAGGCUACUGCUGUAUUACCGAAUGCCUUGGAAGACAACUUCACCGUCAGCCACAGUAAACUGCGCAGUGCAGUCGAAAAGGUCGACUUCCAGUUGAGUCAGCAAAGACUUGUGGGCGGACAUUCGUUCCGUCGACAGACAAAGAAGCCUAGGCAUACCAUUGUCCCUACUGUUUCUUAUGAUCCAGAGCGGACAACAAGCAUUCUGAAAAAAUGCAAAGCGCAUGGUGUAUCCAUCUCCGCAGCUCUAUUUGCCAUUUGUAACAUUGCUUGGGCAAAGAUGUGCUCUGAGAAACCGAACUUGUCAAUGAUGAUGUACUCGGCCUUAAACCUGCGCCCGUAUUUCACGGUGAAGCCAGCAAACGAUUCGUACUGGUUCCUUGCUGUCGGCUAUUUCAACGUGAUCCUUCCAACAUUUAUACCUCGGUCGAUCGAAUUGUCUUCGGUAUUCUGGCAUCGGGCUCGGAUUGCAAAGGAGCAGAGCACCCGAGCUGCCAAAAACCGGAUGAUCGUGUCACGUAGUCUCUUGAUGGCUGAAGAGAGGGGUCAACGGGCUCGUCUUUGGGCCAAAGAAGACGAUGAAAGGGAACGUGGAACUUUUGUCCCCCCUCCUCCUGUUCCAACUGCGGAUACCGCACUACGGACGCCAUCUGCCGCAUUAAUUGGCUUAUCGCUUCUAGGAAACCUUGAUGGCAUAUAUAAACACGGAACAUUCCCCGCCAUCAAGCUCCAUACACUGACGACUGGUUCGCGACAGCGAUCUGGAGGCAUGUUGCUAUUUGGGUAUACGUUCGCCGGCAAGUUAUGGAUCAGCCUCGGAUAUGAUGUGAAUGGUUUUGAGAAGGUAAUGGUGGAGCAGUUCUGGGAAAACGUGCUCCAGACAAUGGACGACUUGCUUGUGCAGUAACACUAAUAUUAGAUACAUCAUGACGGGGGCGAAAGGGAACCGGACUGUGCGAACUAAGCUAGUACCCCCAAGAACUAGUACCUAAACGGAUUUAUCUUUAGAAAAUGCGUUAUCGAUGUUUGUCCAAAGCUUGUAUCUAUAUUUAAUCCAUACCGUUCUAUAUAUACCUUGUCAUCUUAUCUUAUCUUAUCUUAUCAUGGGG